AUGGUCCGCCUUCUGGAAUAUAACCAUCUAUUUGCUGUUGGCACAAUCUUCGCCUUCCUAGAUGCAUGGAACAUUGGUGCCAAUGAUGUCGCCAACUCAUGGACCACGUCGGUCAGCUCGCGUUCUGUCACGUAUCUGCAGGCCAUGUGUCUUGCCAGUGUGAUGGAGUUUGGAGGUGCAGUCGGCGUCGGGGCCCGUGUAGCGGACACCAUCCGCACCAAGGUCGUCAACACCGACCUUUACGCUGAAACGCCUGGGGUGCUAAUGCUGGGCAUGGUGUGUGCCAUUAUAGCCUCGUCGUUGUACCUCACUUUUGCCACCAAAGUUGGUAUGCCUGUGUCCACCACGCACUCCAUUAUGGGUGGCGUCGUUGGCAUGGGAAUUGCGUCCGUUGGCGCCAAUGGCAUCCAAUGGGUGGGAUCAGGUAGUGGCACGGCUGUGGUUAAUGCUGGUGUGGUGCAGGUCUUCCUGGCGUGGAUCCUGGCCCCCGGUAUCUCAGGCAUUUUUGGCGCCAUCAUCUUCACGAUUACCAAAUACGCGGUCAUGCUGCGCUCUAGACCCGUUUACAAGGCUCUGUUGACUGUUCCCAUCUACUUUGGCAUCACGGCGUCUCUACUCACUAUGUUACUGCUCUGGAAGGGUGGCAGCUACGCCGUGACGCUAACGGACCCGCAGGUGGCCGGUGUGAUUGUCGGCGUCGGAGCUGCCUGGGGCAUUUUCAUUGCCAUUUUCCUCUGCCCGUGGCUUUAUUGCAAGGUUAUCCGCGACGACUGGACUAUCAAGGUCUACCACCUGCCCCUGGGGCCGCUCAACUUACGUCGUCCCGAUGCUGGACCGCCGUCGCCGGGAUAUUGUGGUACGCGAAAUUUCUACCAGGGACAUCUCACGCAGGAGGAGCUGGAUAGACGGCGUGCGCGCCCCGUCGUCAGUGCGGAGGCGCCCAGAGGCCAGGGCGUGACGGACGAGGAGGCGACCAUAGGCAAUGGGUCGCCCGAGCUGAAGGGCAACAAUGCCACCAACACGGCCAGCGUUUCCGACGAUGGCGUGGUGAACAACCCGGCGCGACGUGGCCAGCUGCAGCCCUCGGAAGGCAUUGAAAACGAGAAGCAGCCCGAGCAACACAAGUCCAUUGUCGGGCCGAAGCCCGAUGGCAAGUGGUAUUCCGGCUCGGUCCUCUUUUGGUACUUCAAGUAUGCUAUUUUCCGUGGUGUUGACGUCGACAUUGUCAACUCACAGAAGGACAAACGUACUCUUUUGACAGGUGACCUAGAGGCCAUGCACGCCCGCGUCGCACACUACGACAACAAGACGGAGUACAUGUUCACCUUCCUGCAGGUCAUGACUGCUGCGACUGCGUCUUUCACACAUGGUGCCAACGACAUUGCCAACGCUAUUGGACCCUAUGCCACAAUCUUCCAGAUCUGGAACGACGGUGCUUUGCCUGAGAAGGGCAAGGCUGACGUUCCCAUCUGGAUUCUUGUCUUUGGCGGCGUUGCUUUGAUCAUUGGGCUUUGGACGUACGGCUACAACAUCAUGCGCAACUUGGGUAACCGCAUUACUCUUCACUCGCCGUCCCGUGGGUUUUCUAUGGAGCUAGCUAGCGCCACGACAAUCAUUCUCGCCACCCGUCUAAGUUUGAUUUCUGGGUCGCUGAUGGCCUUUAUCAUUCACUCGCCACGGUGGUAA